AUGGACUUGUUUCUCCUUCCCUGGGAAGUCGUCGGGACGACUACUCGUGCUCUGCCAGCAACCCAUGCAGCAACGGAGCGUGCUGUGGUGUUGGGGGUUACUGCGGUUACGGACCAACAUACUGCGGCGAUGGGUGCUUGUUCCCAAUAUGGUUUCUGUGGUACCACGGAUGUCCAACUGCGAGCUUCAUCCGAAACCUUCAAGUGGAUCUACAAAGAACAAGGCGCUGUCCAAGGGUACCACGCAAUUGCCCCAAUCACGAGAAGCAGUAUUGAUAGUUUGCCAGUUAUUGGAUACUACGAGGCAUGGAGUGAUCGGUCUAAAUGCCAUCAGACUUCACCCUCUGAUCUGCCAGUGGAUGCGUUGACGCACGUUAAUUAUGCCUUUGCUUACGUCGAUCCAAGCACCUACGACAUCACCACGAUGGAUGCCGCCACGCCAGUUCGGAUAUUCGGCGAUAUUACUGCACUGAAAAUUACCAAUCCCAGCUUGAAGAUUUAUGUUAGCAUCGGUGGCUGGACGUUCUCCGACAACGACACGGUAACUCAGCCAGUCUUUGGAGACAUUGCCGGCCAUUCCGCAAACCGCGAGACAUUUGCAAACAAUCUCCUCAAGUUCAUGGACCAGUAUGGGUUUGAUGGAGUUGAUCUCGACUGGGAGUAUCCUGGUGCUGGUGACCGUGGUGGGAAGGAAGAAGAUACCAAGAACUACGUACUGCUUAUGGAGACAAUCCGCAAGCGUUUCACGAAAUCUGGUCGAGAUCUCGGUCUGACCUUUACUGCACCUUCGUCUUAUUGGUACAUGCGCUGGUUUGACUUGCCAGGGAUGCUUAAAUACGCUGACUGGAUGAAUCUAAUGUCAUACGAUCUUCAUGGAGUUUGGGACAGCAGUAACCCAAUCGGGUCCGUUCUUCAUGCACACACCAACCUCACAGAGAUCAAACUGGCCGCUGAGCUGCUGUGGAGAGUAAACGUAAAGCCACACCAGGUCGCUCUGGGAUUCGGCUUCUAUGGCCGUUCCUUUACGCUGUCGGAUCCCACAUGCACGACAAUCGGAUGCCCCUUCAGCGGAGGCGCAGACCCGGGAGUUUGCAGCGAAACGAGCGGCUAUCUUGCUUAUUACGAGAUUGACAAGAUCCUGUCUAACGACUCUAGCAUUGAGGUCCACCACGACAAAGAGGCCGCCGUAAAAUACUUUACGUGGAACAACGAUCAAUGGAUCUCGUACGAUGACAAGGAGACGUUUGAGCAGAAGGUCGAAUGGGCAAAUAGCGUGGGCUUCUCAGGUUCCUUGAUAUGGGCAUCUGACCAGGAUACAUACGACUUCGACGCCCACAAAGGCCUGACCGGGAAAGAAGACCUAGGAAGCUCCGAAAAUCCCCGCGUACUAGGCCUGGCGAUGCCUCUGGUUCAGGAGCUGGACUUUGAAUUGGGGAGAGGAUGCGUGAAACGAGAUGAGGUCGUUGACCUUGACAACCCACAGGCGUCGAGCUGCUCGCCUUCCGUACGGGUCGGAUACGACAAGGCCGGAUGUAAAGGCGGUGAUGGGGAAUGCGGUAAGCCGAUAUGCUGUGGCGCCCAGUCAGGCCUGAAGAACUGUCAAUGGCGCGGUGGAAGCGGCGGUAAGGGUAGCGACUGCAACGGACAAUGCCACGCCGGCGAGGUCAAAAUCAGCUCGUCCAGCUGGGGAGGCACCCCCGGAGAGUCCGGAACAGGCAGAUGUGGACGUGGAAGCAAGGCACUUUGCUGCGAAAUGGGCACGUUUGAUACGCUGCUCGCUGAGUGCUAUUGGACCUCCGGCAAUGGAAAGAGCUGCGACGACGGCGAUGAAGAAGUCGCUCAUAAAUGGGAGGGUAACUCGAUGAGCACAGUGCUCAGCCACGGAAGCAGUUAUUGCUGUCCGAAGGCUGACAAGAUGCCGCUGGAGAACUGCCACUGGGUCGGCAAAGGGGACUGUGCUGAUAACACCUGCUCCGCGUCGGAGGUGACCCUUCUCACAGACAACCGAGGUGACAGCUACUCCGGAUGCAACUGGGGUCGAAAGAAGGCUCUCUGCUGCACGCCAAAUACGGAAGCUCUCCAAAAGAUGGAUUGCAAUGUCGAUGUUUGCGACACGCUCAACGAGGACUACGACUGUGACGACGAAGAUGGCAUUCCCGUUUCCCCAGUUUACAGCUUCAACAAGCGCUCGUAUCAGGUGAACGAUGGCCAGGUGAUGUGGGAAUACGAUUCCCCACACUGGCUUGAGAAAAGAGCUGGAGCAAAGCCCAAACCGGGCGAUCCCCGGACCAUGGUUGUGGCCCUCACGACCAUGUUUAAGAGUGCCAUUUUCGAGGAUGUGCAUGUCACCACUCGCUCGUACAGGCCUGGACUGGAUUUGUUCAAGUAUGACGGAGCCAACACGUUGGGUAUCAAGGGAGCAUAUGACCUGGCCAGCACCACCUGCAGCAGCACCGCCAUGCAAUUCGUCAAGCUCGCUGAUAUAGCCACUCGGGCCGGGCGUGCAAAAUGGAGCGCCGAGCACAUGCAGGAGUUCCAGAUGAUCCCGAUGUUCCUCAGGAACGCCAUUAGCGGCGUCCUCCCGUCCGGUGCAAUCAUGAAGGCUGGCAAGCUGGAUCCCUACAUAUUUAUGACGACAUGGCGCGCCCCAUAUGAUGUCUCGCUGCCGCAGAUUGGAGAGCUAGUCACGGACCUUGCCUCGUGGGCUCCUCCAUUGACCCCGAACGACCGCAUCUUCGAAGUCAUGGGAUCCGCCGCCUACCGCACCGGCAUGACACUGGUCCCGAAAGGCCUCAACGGGGUAAAGGCUAGUCUGUUUGGACUCAAAGACCCAGUCGGGUACGAAAACUUUGAGACUCUGAUGGAAGGCACGGCAGCUGGGGACAGCGAACAAGCUAAACUCCUCGCCGCCAACCUCCACGAGACAGUCGCCGUCUUCAAUUACAUGAACGACGCGUACCUCCGCACGUACCUCGAUAUGGCAAGGGUCAAGUUGGCGAACGAGUGGAUGAACUACGAGAACUACAAGGGCGUGGAAAACAUCGGGGCCAUGUGGAAGGAGUGGGAAGAGGACUUUUAUGCAACUGUUGUGGACAACGCCGCCACAUUCAUGGAAAGGAGUCUUGCGAAGAUCGAGCUGGGCUUCACGGCGCAGGCGGCUUUCAAUAAUCCUGCGGUUACCCAGCUUCUUUUUACGGCGGGCAUGCUGCGGAAGAAUCUGAAGCAGAUUCGCUUUUCCACGAAUUAG